AUGAAUAAUGAUAGAACUAAUAAAAAAAGAGAUAAAUCUUCUAAUGAUGUUAAAAGUCUUUUAAGUUAACCUAGUAUGUUGUUUAAUCAAAAAGUUGAAGAUAAUAUUAUUCAUGUCAUUUAAUAAUUCUAACCAUUGAGAACUGAAAAUGAUGAGCUUAAAAAUACUAUACUUGCUACUUAAACUUAUUUAGAAGUAUUUUAUAAAAAUUUUAUAAAUUAGCAAUAAAGAGAGAAUCUAUCAUAAAUUAUUAGAGAAACUGAAAGUAGAGAACUUGUGAAGAGAAUUGCAGAUAUUCCAACGUUAAUUACUAUUUUAUAAGAAGAUAUGAAAACCAUGUAAGAAACAUUAAGGACAUGUAUUUCAAACACUAUUACGUAAUAUAGAAUCACUAUUAUUGACAUAAUAAACUGAGUAGUUACUAUUUUUAAAUCAAGAACGCAAUUCUAAUUAUGAACGUAUUAAAAUUGAAGUUUCUCAAUAAUAAAUAGAAUAAUAAAGUAUUAUAACUCAUCAGGAAGAAUUAAUUAAAUCAAAAGAUCAAACUAUAUACCAAUUGAAUUAAAUAAUUGAAGAUGAAAAUAAAAAAAUUAAGAAAAAUUAAAAUUCACAUUUUGAAAUUCUAGAUUCAUAUAAUGAGAAGUUAGAAGACUUAAAUAGUUAACUUAAUGAGGAAAUUGAAAAAUAAUAAUAAAUUAAGAUUAAAUAUACAUAGAUGUUACAAUAAUAAUAAGAUGAACAUCAUACUUAAGUAACUAUUAAACAAGAUUAAUAUGAAUUUGCUUUAGGAGAAUUAAGAAAUACUUAUGAAAAACGUAUGGAUAAAUUAAUUAAAGAUAGUGAAUUUAGAAUUUCAGAAGCAAAUAAAGCUUCCAUAAGAGCCAAUAAAGAAUUAGAAUAAAUUACAAAUAAAUAUGAAUAAGAAAUAUUAAAAAAUGAAUAAUCAAUAAUUCUAAUUAAAAAUUAAUAAUUAUAAUUAUAAUAAUAAUAACAAUAAACUUAAUAAUUAAGAGCUUAAAUGCAUUAAUAAUCUUUAUAUCUUCAUUAAACUUAAGCUAUGAUAGCUAAUUUAAAAAAAAAUAAUAAUAAUGAAGAAUUAAAUUUGUCAGAAUAAAAAAUUUAAUAAUAAUUAGAGAAUUUGUAUUUGAUAAAUCCUACAAAUAAUAUUGAUCAUCAAUAAUAAUAGAUAUCAUCGCCAUCUUUAUGGUCUCAUGAUAUAAAUUAAUUUUCUCAGUCAGUUUUCAAAAAUAAUAUAAAAUAUGUUGAUUAAUAAACUACUUAAAUGUCUCCUAUAUCAAAUUCUAAAUAAAUUUAAGAUUAAAUUCCAAAUUUAGAGUUUUAAGAAAUAAUGGAAUCAAAAAAAUAAACUAAUUUAAUGAAAAAAUUAAAAAAGAAACGUAAUUAAAGAUCUAAAAAUAGAGAAGAUUAAUAUUAUUAUUAUGAACUCAAAACAAAUGAUGGAAUAACACAAAAAGAAUUAAUUACUAAACCUUCUCCAAAAUAAAGUGAGGAAACUCCAAAUUCUAAAUUUACAAGUGUUAAUUUUACUUAAGCUUUUGUUACUCAUCAUCAUUCAAAUCUUAGAAGAAGAAGUAAAUUAUAAAUUAACUUCUCUAAUAAUUAAAUAUAAGAAUAAGAGAUCAAUCAUGAAAUUUAGACAUAAGAUAUCUCUUGUUAAACUGAAGAUUUCUUAUUAGAAUAUUUAAUAAUCAAUGAAAAUUAAAAAACUAUUCAUACUCAUUAAUAAGAAAGGUCUAAUAGUUACUUUUUUUCACCAAAUAAAAAACAUUAAAAUACUUCAACUAUUUUAGAUAAUAGUUCUAAUAAUUAAAAUUAAUUUACUCAUUAAAUAUUACAAAGUGAUUAGGAUGAAUUUUAAGUUUAAUUAAAAGAUGAAGUAACUAUUCUUAAAGAAUAAAUUAUUUUACUUCAGUCAUAAAAUUAAAUAUAGGCUAAAAAUAUAACAGAUUUAUAAGAAAAAGCUUAAUAUAUGUAAGAUAGAAUGAAAGAAAAUGUUAAAUAAAUGAAAUAAUAAAUUACAAGAAGUUCAUAAGAAAAUGAAACUCUGUUAAAAUAAUUAGAAAAGCCAAAAGAAGUUGUUAAGAAAAAAAUAGAAUUAUAAAAACAUUUGGAAAAUUAGAUUUCUUAAAGUGAAAAUUUGUAAUAUUAAUUAAAUAAAGCAACAGAAAUAAUAAAAUAUUUUAAUAAUGAACUUGAAAAUUAUAAAUAAAUGUAUAAUAUUUUUGGAUAAGGUAGUAAAUCAGAAAGAUAAACAAAGAAAUUACCUAGUAUUUAUUAACCUUCUCCAAAAAGGAAAAUGGGAGAAUGUACUCCAAGAAAAUAAUAAUCAAUGUAUGAAGAAGCAUAAAGAUUAAUAGAUAAUCUUUAUGAUAUAAAAACUUAUAAAAGAAAUUGA